AGUAAGGAGCCGAACCUUUGCAGGGUUUCGGACCCCUGAGCGACGACGACAGAUGUUGCGCAAUAUUAUAUUCACGUAACCGGUCCCUGGUGGUUGUGCUGUUUCAGAAGCCCCUUUUUAAUACUACAAUUCAUUGAGAAAUACCGUCAAAAACACAAGUGGAAUGGAGCGCGAUCGGAAGGUUACGUAAAAGUGGCUUAAUCAUCUGCUGCGAGUGGAUUCGCUAUUUCGAUUAUGUGAGCGCGUGCAAGCACCGAAACGGGACGAUCUCGGAGGAAUCCUGGUCGUAUAGUUGCGCCGCGAUUUCGACGAUACGGCUGCAGCCGAUUCCGGUGUUGUGUAAGUCGCGCGCGCGCGCGCUUGUUUCAAGGCCACGGUUAUGUAGCUAAACUGUUAUCGCUGCGCAUUCAUCAUGCUCGACUUAAUAUCCUAAAAUAUCGGAUAUUUGCAUAUCGGUAAUAAGCGUGGAGAUAUUUUCUGAUUAUGGAAAAUAAAAUGCACUGAAACUGUUUUAUCGGCGAAACAUAACUGUCACUAUACUGCACGCAAGAUGCAUGGCUGUCGGUAUAGCAGCUGCAGUAGCAGCGCACAAGAAUAUUAUUCUUUAUUUAUUUACUGCUAAUGUCAGCAACAAAUCAUCGUGCGAUCAUCAGAUUUAACGGUUCCAUUAAGGACUAACAACGACGAGAUGCAAUUAAGGGGCCGUUGCGACGCCAGGGAUCUGCUGCGUCGCAGGAUACCAAUAAUCGGUUGGCUUCCACAAUAUUCUUGGGGCAAACUGCUGCAAGAUGCCCUGGCUGGAAUCACUGUUGGCCUGACAGCCAUACCCCAAGGAAUUGCCUACGCCGUGGUUGCGGGCUUGCCGCCACAGUAUGGACUUUACAGCAGCUUCAUGGGCUGCUUUGUAUACAUUUUUUUUGGAAGUACCAAGGACGUGACAGUUGGACCAACGGCCAUCAUGGGAUUAUUGACACAGCCAUUCGUUUUAAACUAUGGCGAUGAUUUUGCAGUGUUGCUGUGCUUUCUCACGGGCUGCCUGAUAACAUUAAUGGGUCUGCUUCGUCUCGGCUUUCUCGUUAAUUUUAUCAGCAUGCCGGUGAUUUGCGGCUUCACAAAUGCUGCGGCCAUCAUAAUAGCGUCAUCACAAAUCAGCACGCUUUUUGGCAUCAGUGGACGCAGCGAGUCUUUUAUCGACGCGUUGAAGAAGCUCAUAGAGCGCUUUUUGGAAAUCAAGCUCUGGGAUACGCUUCUCGGGGUCUGCUCAAUCCUGAUGCUCGUGCUGCUAAAGAAUCUGCCAGGCAAGAGACACGGUGGCAAUGGGCUGCAAAAGUGCAUGUGGCUAAUUUGCCUGGCGCGCAAUGCUAUCGUAGUAAUAGCAGGCAUGGUGCUCGCCUACUGCCUCUCGCUGUACGACGACGGCAAGGUGCCCUUCAACAUUACCGGGAACAUCACCGAAGGUCUGCCUCCGUUCCAGCCACCGCCCUUCUCCACCACUCACAAGAACGAAACGUACAGCUUCAUAGACAUGAUGAAUGUACUCGGGAGUAGCGUCAUUUCCGUGCCGCUCAUCGCACUCUUAGAGAGCAUCGCCAUCGCCAAGGCUUUCGCGAAGGGAAAAACAUUGGACUCGAAUCAGGAGAUGAUAGCCGUGGGCCUGUGCAAUCUUUUUGGCAGUUUCGCUCGCUCGAUGCCGACCACGGGAAGCUUCACUCGAACGGCUGUAAACAACGCAUCUGGUGUGAAAACCCCCAUGGGUGGCCUUGUCACGGGCGCCCUAGUGCUCCUCGCCUGCGGUCUUCUCACUUCAACCUUCAAAUUCAUUCCGAAAGCUACACUCGCUUCCGUCAUCAUCGUCGCCAUGUAUUACAUGCUCGAGAUAAGGAUGUUUCGACUGCUCUGGAGAACGAGGAAACUCGAUUUGAUACCGCUGGUGAUAACGCUGUUGGUUUGCCUGACGGCCGGUCUGGAGAUUGGCAUGAUUGUUGGUAUCGCAGCGAAUCUCGUAUUGCUUUUGUACGGGACGGCGCGACCGGGACUGCUAAUCGAGGAACGCGCCGUAAACGAGAUCCCGGUACUGUUGGUCACGCCGCAGCAGUCGCUCAGUUUCCCCGCUGCCGAAUAUCUUCGGGAACAAGUCAUGUCUUGGUGUGACACGAUAAAGUACACGAAUAUUGUUGCCAUCGAUGGGUGCAACGUGAUCGCGAUCGAUGCGACAAUAGCGAAGAACCUGUCUCUGCUGCACAACGACUUGGAGUUGAGAAAGCAGAAGCUCAUCUUCUGGAACUGGCGCGAGGAUGCGCGCAAGACUCUCGUGGCGUUUGACGGCUCCAUCGAUUCCCACUUCCGAACUUGCGGGAACCUCGUCCAACUCGUGUCGGAAGAAAUUUCGACCUCUGCACAGCUACCGAUCAUGACAAGGAGCCAGGAUUCGCCGGCCUAGUGUUUAGUUAUUUCAUUGAUUCACUCGUUUUACUGGUGUUCCAGUUUCUGAAAUAUCGAUGAAUGAGGUGCGUCAUCGAUGUCUGAUGCUGCAGCAUGCACGUGCAUUUUUUUAACAAUGUAGAUCUGCUGCGAUACAAUAUAUUUUUUAAUAUAAA